AUGUAUCUUGGUGAAAGAGGAUAUUCCAGGGGUGAGAUUGACAAGACACUAUUCAUAAAUAGAACCAACACUGAUCUCAUUGUAACUCAAAUUUAUGUUGAUGACAUCAUCUUUGGUGGAUUUCCUAAAACUCUUGUUGAUAAUUUCAUUAACAUAAUGAAAUCAGAAUUCGAAAUGAGCCUAGUAGGUGAACUAUCAUGCUUUCUGGGGUUGCAGAUCAAACAGGGAAGUGAGGGAAUGUUUAUAUCACAGGAGAAGUAUGCCAAGAACUUAGUCAAGAAGUUUGGUCUGGAUCAGUCACAACACAAAAGGACUCUUGUUGCGACUCAUGCUAAAAUUACAAAGGAUAUGGUAGGUACUGAAGUUGAUCACAAAUUGUACAGAAGCAUGAUUAGAAGCCUUUUAUAUUUGACAGCAAGCAGACCUGAUAUUGCCUAUGCUGUGGGAAUAUGUGCUCAGUAUCAGUCAGAUCCACGUACCUCUCAUUUAAAUGUAGUUAAACGAAUAAUUAAGUAUGUUCAUGGAACAACUGACUUCGAGAUUCUGUACUCCUAUGAUACAUCCUCUAAACUAGUGGGAUAUUGUGAUGCCGACUGA